AUGAAUGGUUUCGGAGAUAAUAAGAGAGUGGAUCCGCGGCUGUGUUGGUACCGAUUAGGCAAUCGGUUCCGCAAGACUGUCAACAAGUGUUACCGGUGUCUACACAGGAACAAAGAACUUGAGGACCGUUUGGCUGAAUUGAAUUGCAAGCAAUCCAAUAGAGAUUACAAUUCGAUGACCUCUUCGGUGAGCGUCGGCCCCAAUCCGGCCAAACAGUCGGCCGAAAGCGUCUCACUUGGCGCCGAAUUCCGUCAAAUGCGUCCGACACUCAUCGCCACCGCCAACGCAUUCCUCACAAUUGGCGGCACUUUCUUCUUCUGCUAUAAAGCGGUCGAGUAUUCACUUCCGGAGCCAAACAUAUCUUCUCAAAUAUUGAGCGGACUCUUUGGCGCAAUGGUCGUAGCCGUGGCUGAGAUAUACUUUUUGGUCAGAAUUAUAUAAACAUUCACUUCUUUUGUUAACUAUUUUUUAAGAAUAUAUUUAUUGUUAAAUAAGUUAAGAAACAUUUUAAACACAAAUAUCAUGUAAUAAUCGGAAAUAAACGAAAUGCACUUUAAUUACAAUUCUAAACAA